AUGAGUCAGCAGGACUCACGUUCGCAGCAGCAGCAACAUGCUGCUGCUGCUGCUGCUCCUGCUGCUGCUGCUGCUCCUGCUGCUUCUGCCGGCGGGACCCUUUCGUCGAGAUCUUUGAGUCCCCCCGAAGCAGCACGGGGCCCUGCUGCUGCUGCUGCUGCUGCUGCUGCUGCUGCUGCCCCCUCUGCGGCUGCUGCAACCGCAGCAAUACCGCCUCCAGCUAGAGCAGCAGCAGCGACACCAGCGCCCCCAGCAGCAGCAUCACCAGUUCCUGCUGCUGCAGCAGCACCACCAGCACCUGCUGCAGCAGCAGCUUCACCCGCAGCAGCAGCACCACCAGCGCCUGCUGCAGCGCCUGCUGCGCCUACUGCAGCAGCAACACCAGCACCUGCUGCAGCAGCAGCUUCACCAGCGCCAGCUGCAGCAACAGCAGCACGAGCGGUACCACCAGCUGCAGCAGCAGCAGCACCAGCUGCAGCAGCAGCAGCACCAGCUGCAGCAGCAGCACCAGCUGCAGCAGCAGCACCAGCAGCAGCAGCAGCAGCGGGUGUGUCUCCCUCAGCAGCAGGUUUGUUUUUGCUUCCGGCUGUCCAGGCAGCUCCUAGUGUUGGGGUUCCUUUGUCAGCAGCAGCAGCUGCUGCUCCUGCUGCUGCAGUUCCUGCUGCAGCAGCUGCUGCUGCUCCGGCAGCAGCAGCUGCUACUACUCCUGCUGCUGCUCCUGCUGCAGCCGCAGCGGGCGGUGGCUUAGUUGGGCUUCCUAGUAUUGCUGCAGCAGCAGCAUCACCGGCCCCUGCUACAGCAGCAGCAGCAGCAGCACCACCAGCAGCAGCUCCUGGCGGCACUGCAGCAGCAGGCGGAACAGCAGCAGCAGCAGCAGCAGCAGGAGGGGGAGCAGCAGCAGAGUUGAGUCAGCGGCUCGCUUUGUUUGGUGCUGCAGUUGCUUCGGCGCAGCGGGGCCUCCAGGGUUUGUUUGCUGCUGACAGCAGCAGCAGCAGCAGCAGCAGCAGCAGCCGCCCGGCUCUGUCUCUCUCAGAUCCAUCAAUGUCUGUCUGUCCCCCUGCAGCAGCAGGGGGUGUAUUGGGUGCCCCUGCUGCAUCUGCUGCUGCUGCUGCUGCUGCACUCAGCAGCAGCUCGCUGCCCCUGAAGGGCCUCGGGGGGGGGCCCCUCCCCCUACACCUGCUGCAGCAGACACGCCUGGGGGGCCUCUUCUCCAUGCCGCCGCUUGCUGCUUACGAAGACCCUUUGCUGCUGCCUCCUCUUCUCCCUCACCUUGCCCCUGUACAUACACCUGGCUUGUUUGCUUCGACGCAGCUGACGCCUCCUGCUGCUGCUGCUGCUGCUGCUGCUGCUGGUGCUGCUGCUGCUGCUGGAGUGACAGCUCCGGUUGGAGCGGCAGCUCCUGCUGCUGCUGCUGCGCAGCUGCUGUCUCACCCGUCGAAUGCUGCAGCAGCUGCUGCCGCAGCAACUGCAGCAGCAACUGCAGCAGCAACUGCAGCAGCAACUGCAGCAACAGCAGCAAACGUCUCCCGUUCCCUCCUUGCAGCAACUGCAGCAGCAACUGCAGCAGCAACUGCAGCAACAGCAGCAAACGUCUCCCGUUCCCUCCUGGGCUCUCCUGAUGACUGCACCGGCAGCAGCAGCAGCACCUCCCCAGCAGGCGCCGCAACAGAGUCCCCUUCACCAGCAGCAACAGCAGCAGCAACAACAGCAGCAGCAGGAGCAGCAGCAGCAGCAGCAGCAGCAGCAGCAGCAGCAGCAGAAGAGGGAGAGCGUCAACCAGGGGAGCCGCUGGAGAGCCUGGCUGCGUGGUACCGUCGUCGUUACGGCAGCGGGGGCGGCGUGUGUCUGCCUGUCUCUGGCGACAGAAGAGACAACAGCAGCAGCAACAGCAGCAGCAGCAGCAGCAGCAGCAGCAGCAGCAGCAGCAUGGGUUCUGUGUUAGAGUGUAUAAAGAAGUUUGAGCUGCUGUGUGCAGAGAGGAGACACCGCAGCAGAGAAGCAUUCAUUGAGGACCAGCGUUAUGUAUUGGCCGACGUCAUUCGUUCUUUCUCUCCUUUUCGUGUUGUCUUCACCGCAAAUAAAAUAAAACAAAACAAACAAAAAAUAAAACAAAAAAUAAAUAUUAAACUAAAACAGGAGACAGACACACACACAGAGAGCCAGGGGCAGCAUAUACAACAGGGGGCCCCCAAGGGGGAGGAGGAGGAGGAGUCGGGGGGGGGCCCCGCUGAGGGGGCCCCUGCAAAAGGAGAACUCACGGAGCGGGGGGCCCCCAUAGUAGGGGGGCCCCCAGAGGGGGCCCCUGCAGAAGAGGGUACAGCUGCAGCGGGGGCCCCCACAGAAGGGGCCCCCGCUGGCGGUGCUGCGGGAGACAAAAUGAAGGGCGAGGGGGGGCCCCCAGGGGAUGAGGGGGCCCCUGGAGCAGAGGAGGGGGCCCCCAAAGAUGAAGGGGCCCCCAAGAGAGAUAGAGCGGGGCCCCCCAGAGGAGAUAGAGGGGCCCCCAUGGAGGCCGAGGGUGUGAAGGGGGAGGAGACUGCUGCUGCAGCUGUCUCUCCUGCUGCUGCAGCAGCAGCAGCAGCAGGAGCCAAGCCCGCAGUGUCUCCUCAGACCCAACAACAUACAACUGAGGAAACUCCUGCUGCUGCGCCUGCUGCUGCUGCUGCUGCUGCACCGGCUGAUGCUGCAGCAGAAGCAGCAGCAGCAGCAGCAGCAGCAGCAGCAACAGCCGCAGCAGCAACAGCAGAUCCUGAGCCAAAGGCCCGCCAGGACGAAGCGGGUUGA